CGCGGGGCGGGGUGGGGAACCGGUGUGUGUGGAGAGGGCUGCGAGGUUCUGCCCCUUAAAGUCGGGGGCUGAAGGAGGCGGCAUCCCAGUCCGGAGAAAGCGUUGCUCGUCUGAGAGCAGCUGCGGGUCCAGAGGAGAGUCCAAGGGAAAGUGGGAAGGAAGGAGGAAGGGAGCGGGAUGACGAGACCCCUGCUGCGGCCCGCCGGGCUCGGACCGUUCGUCCUGACGUGGCUGCCGCUGCCCGCGGCUCCGGAGAAAGGAGUCCAGGCCAGGAGGGCCAGGCCCGCGCCGCCGUGCCCGCCGCUGCCCUCUGCUCGGCGGGGGACGGCCCCGGGGCUCGACCGCUGCGGGGGCUGCCGCGUCUGCGCCGCGGCCGAGGGCGAGGCCUGCGGCGGGGCGCUCGGCCGGCCGUGCGCCGCCCGCGCCCCGGCUCCUCGGCGGCGGGGGACGGCCGCGUGCUGCGGCGACUGUCGCACCUACCCCAGCCUGUGCGCGCUCCGCGCCGAGAACCGCGCCGCGCGCGUCCGUGGCGCGCUCCCGGCAGUGGCGGUGCGGAAAAUGGGGCACCUCUUUGCGGGGACCAGAAGCGCAGGCUGGCUCAGGAGCACGUACAACUUCAUCGCCGCCGUGGUGGAGACGGUGGCCCCGUCCGUGGUCCACUUACAGCUGUUCGACAGGUCGCCUCUCAGCAGUGAGGAUAUUCCUGCAUCCAGUGGCUCUGGGUUCAUAGUAUCUAAGGAUGGGCUUAUUGUUACCAAUGCCCACGUCCUCACGAACCAGCAGCGGAUCCAGGUGGAGCUCCAGAGCGGGGUCCAGUAUGAAGCCACUGUCAAGGACACUGACCAUAAAUUGGAUCUUGCCCUGAUUAAAACUGAGCCAAAUACUGAACUUCCUGUAUUGCUGCUGGGAAAGUCAUCUGACCUGUGAGCUGGCGAGUUCGUGGUGGCCUUGGGUAGCCUGUUUUCACUGCAGAACACAGGGACGGCAGGCAUUGUCAGCGCCACACGGCGAGAGGGCAAAGAGCUGGGGCUGAAGGAUUCAGGCAUGGACUAUAUCCAGACGGAUGCCAUAAUUAAUCACGGGAAUUCUGGGGGGCCUCUGGUGAAUUUGGAUGGUGAUGUGAUUGGCAUAAACACACUGAAGGUGACCACAGGAAUCUCCUUUGCAAUUCCCUUGGAUUGCAUUCGACAGAAAGGAAAGGCUGUUUCACAGAAGAAAUAGUUGGUUCUGCGCAUGCUGCCCCUCACUAUGAACCUGCUUCAGGAAAUGAAAAGGCCAGAUCCACAUUUCCGUGAUGUGACCUCUGGAGUUUCUGUAUAUGAGGUGAUUCGAGGAACAGCUGCUGAAAGCUCUGGGUUGAGAGACCAUGAUGUAAUAGUCAGCAUAAAUGGACAACCUGACACGACAACCGACGCGAUUGAAGCUGUUAAGGCCAAUGAUUCCCUUUCUAUCCUGGUUCGUUGGAGAAGUCAAACGUUGAUCCUGACAGACACACCUGAUAUAAUCAAUUAAGUGUCUUGCUUUAAAAAGAAAUGAUCUAACGAAACCAAAGCUUUAUUACCUGGUUUGUAUUGAAGAUGUGCCAAAGAUGGCAAGGGGUUUUAGGAUCUGUUUCUUAAUAAAGGAAAAUGAAUGCUUUAAAACACAAAUACACACACUCUGGAACCAUUAGGUUGGGGGUGUUAUAACUGCUGCUAAGAAGCAUUCCUAAGGCAAGUGGAAGAAGGACAUGGUGCCAGGAAGUCUGGGGAGCUGAUAAAAUUUUAUCUAAAGACAGGAAACAACUGAAAACAGGC